AUGGAUCUGGGCGGGUGGUGCACCUCGCUGUAUGCCUUAUGGCCACCUGCGAUGAGGCUGCCUAUGGGCUCGUUUUUAGCUGGCUGCACAAGCUAUUCGAUCAACUUAGAGUCUGGCCAAAGUGCAGGCAUACGCCCGCACCAUAUGCUCAACGCUGAGACGAUUGAGCAGGUAGACUUUCUACUGCAGGGUAUCAAGAGGAUCUCUCCUAGGAUGGAGAGCUAUCUGCGUCGAGUAUGGCUGGAUAACCAUGGCAAGCACCUACUCAGCUGCUACACUAAUCAGUUUCUCCACUAUGGGCUUACGGCAACGUCCAAAGUCGAGGGCGCCCACGCCAGGAUAAAACAAUGGCUGAGCACCAGUAAUUUGGAUUUACUACGCCUCUAUGAUCGCCUCAACACCUACUACAGCGAUUGGGCUGAUAAUCGGCAGCUUGCAGAUGAUAUUGUUGCCAGUAAAAUCACCUAUCGAGCAUCGGAUCCCAUAUUUGCAGCUGUCCAUGGCCGGAUAACUGAUCAUACGAUUGCCCUCACGUACAAACAACUCACGAUCGCACGCGAUUACCUGAAACAAUCAGCCGACCCGGCGUACGUUAUGCCGCAUUGCAGAGGCACCUGGCAGGCUAUCAUGGGACUACCUUGCAGUCAUGUACUACUAGAGAAAGAGCGUAAGUCAAUCAGCCUCCAAGCUGCUGAUUUUGAUGUCCAUUGGUGGACUGUACGCACCCAAGACCCCUACCUGCCUCUGGCUGAGCGUAUCCUUGAGCCAAUCGUCCGCCGUACGAAGCGUAAAACGCGGAGUACAAAACGUGAGCCUACGCUCAAUGAGCGCCUUGACGAUAACCACCCCUCAGAGCCACCCUCACAGGUGCCUGCUAGCUGGCACCUACCUCCGGAGACCCUCGUACUGCCUGCCAAGAGGCAGAGACGUCACCAGCAACAGCCAUACGAUCAGCUUGUAGAUCUGGGCCCUCGAUCAACGCAGCCCACUCAAUCAACGCAGCUCUCUGGCGUACAGCAGCUGAUUACGCAGCCUCAGUUACCCAUAUACGUGCCUCCGCCAGGGCCUCCGCCAGUGCUCCGCCAGCAAUUCACUAUCCAGCGGCACCUUAUCCACAGCCUCCGCCGCCAGCAAUUCACUAUCCAGCAGUACCUUAUCUACAGCCUCUGCUGCCAGUCAAUUAUCAAAACUCGACCCAAGGUGGGCAGUACUAUGGGCAGCCGAACCUACAAGAUUACCGCAAGUCAGCCAUUAUCAAUCCCCCAUUUCAGGCGUAUUUUAUGCGGUAACAAGGGUCGAUUAGAUGGCGCCUUGGCCUGCAGCAUCUACCUCCUUCGCCCUCUUGUCCCUCCCACUCUGUUUUUUUGGUUUGUCUUAAGCACCACAUCCUUCGUAAACAAAAUGAAGCUCGCCAUCUUCAUUCUCACUUCUGUUGCGGCCUUGACUGCUGCUAGUCCUGUCCCUGAGCUGGACGGCACCGUUGACAUUACGAACGCGGCCCCAUACUCCAAAAUUGGGAAACGAAGCUACACAGCGUCAUGCUGGAAUUGUGGGACCUUUGAAAAUCCUAGUGGCAACAUCUUUAUGAAAUGCACCUGUCGAAAUAGCGGUGGAGGGGAGAACGAAACCAAUAUAUUCCUCACUUUCAUCAUAGGAAAUAGUAAUGGUCAACUUGUCUGGAACUCAGCCGGUUUCCAAAGAACCUGCAGAAACGUGGUCUUCAACAACCCGAUACUGUCUGGGGAAUGUGCGAAUGCGGGCGGGGCUUGGGGUAAAACGCAGCUGAAUCUUGCCCUUGAGGUGGACGACCGUGGCUGA